GAGUGGCUCUGAGGAGAGGCGCUUUGGAAAGGGGCGCAUCAGGACGCAGACCGUCACUGGUUUGUCAGAUUUAACAAGCUGCCUAUGAGGAAGUUUCAACGAACUUCAACUUGAAAAAAGCAGCUGCGAUGCAUGUUAGCUACAAACGGUGCUGCAAAUGGGUUUUGGUCCUUGGUCUGCUGCUGGGUACCCUGUUUCAUUUUUGGGGCCCUUCAAGCGACUUAGAAGAGGACCUCCGACCGAGACGAGGCAGUGCAAUCCAAGCACUUCUCAGUGGGAAAAUUUACCAUAUUAUGAGUGAUUAUUCUGAAAUCCCUUAUAAGGUCAAAGAGAAUGUGGCACGUGAGUUGGCUCAGAAUACAUGCAUAUGCCUGGCUGGAGAGGAAACCUUUCACCUACCAUUCUCUGAUCUGCUCUUUCAUCGUGUUUGGGCUCACAACCUCCAGCAUGCAUUCUUAGAAACACGACCUGAUCCUGACAACGUAAAGAAUCACAGAGCAGAGGAGUACCACCACUUUCAGAAAAGGUCCUACUCUCCAGUGGAUAUGCUCAUCAUCGCUGAGGCGAACAAUCCUCUUCAGUAUCCCACCCAAGGUUUGGAGGUGCAACCCCUCAAAACAGUUAUCAUCCCAGGUCUUGGUCUUAGACAAGAAGACAGAGGCAACUAUAUGGUAAAUUUGACAGCAACACUUGGGGUGUUUGACAUUGCUGCCACAGUGGAUGGGGUUUCUGUGAAAGGAGUGGGUGAAAAGCACAUCUCACUGUCAAGCCUGGUUCAGGCUGCCCUGAAUAGGCAACUCCAGUUUGUCACAUACACCAACACAGUGUUUCAUCCAAAGACAGCAGACUCAAUUCAGUUUGAAACUGAAGGGCACCAGUCAUUUUUCACCAUCAAAGUUGGACAUAGAGUUGUUCCAAAACUUUACAAUUCUGGACAAAGUGAAGGAUACAACAUCACCUCUCUGGUUACCAUUGCUACCAAGACCUUUUUGCGCUAUGACAAACUCAAAGAUCUCAUUGACAGCAUAAGGCAGUUUUACCCCACCGUCACCAUAGUUAUUGCAGAUGAUAAUGAACAUCCCCAGCCAGUAACCGGUCCUCAUAUUGAGCAAUACAUCAUGCCAUUUGGAAAGGGCUGGUUUGCAGGAAGAAACCUAGCAGUCUCUCAAGUUUCCACAAAGUAUGUGCUUUGGGUGGAUGAUGAUUUCAUCUUUACUGCAAAUACCCAGUUGGAAAAAAUGGUCGACAUCUUGGAGAAAACUACUCUUGAUCUGGUAAGCUAAAUAUAUUUAAUGGUG